GCCAACUGUCUACUGGCGUGUGUUUAACUCGAGGAGCUACGGUCACGUACAUGGACACCAAAUAUUUUAUGUUAUGAGUUCAACUUGUGAUUAACAGUUGGUGUAAUAUAUAAGGAUGUUAAGAGUCAUGAAUGAAAUUAAGUUAACUGAUGGAUACAAAUCGGCUUUGUUAACCGAGUAAAUGAUCAAGGCAAUUAUGAUCAAUAAAUGUAUGUUAAUCAAGAUCACCUUGUGACUUCAAAUUACGAUAUGUAAAAAGCAAAUCAUAAAGGAUAUUUGAUUUCGAAAGAAUUGAAAAUACUACAUCUUGAGAAAUGUGACGAAUAUAUAACGUGUGUGGAUACUAUUCAAAUCUUGUUAAAAUUGUUUAAGAAUACAACUUAACCAUGUUGAGUUGUCUUAUUUUUUAUCUUCUGAUCGCUUUGGAGGGAACAGCUGGUAGUACAUCUUCACCACAUACAGAACCUGCUACAACUACUACAACUACACCAACGACAACUACACCAACGACAACAACACCUACUACAACAACUACGACAACAACGACAACAACACCAACAACCACUACCACAUUACCAACAACAACAACAACAGCACCAGACAACGUCGCCGCCAUCGCCUGCGGUGUUAUCUUCGGUUUGAUAGGCGUUGCUCUCAUUAUCGUCGCCAUUAUCUUUCUGGUACGCUGGAGACGAAAGAAACGUCCCUUGACCUCUGACCCGGAAGAAGAGGGUCACGAAUACGAAGAGUUCAGCAAAAACGUGACGUUACGCCCAGCCGAAGCGUACUCAUCUUUAGAUUCCAACAGGACCUCUAGCGAUCACCAGUACUCCAAACCCGCAAUAGACAACGCGCAUUCAGACAAUCAAACGAAGAUACCCGCCACCAUCACAACCAGUAAUGGACCUGUGUACAACAACAUCACCAAACCAAACACUGAACACAUCAGCAUCGACAGUUCUAGACUCAGCGGGGUAGUCAGUGACACGUACGAACCUGUCGACUCCAGCAAAAGACUUUCUGAUAACCAGCAGUAUGAAGACAUGACGCUGUCGGCUGCAGCAUCACCAAGCGACAACAACAAGAAAAUCAACAUCAACAAAGACGAAUUUUAUAAAACUGAAUACAUCAACGCACCUAGUAACCCGAAGCUGUAUGGAUCCGAACUCCGAACGUCGGAUUCUGGAGCGGUGCACUUUAAUAAUUCAAAACAGCUGGACGCAACAGAACCGGAUUCGUACGUGGAUGUGAGUGAUCUGCGCAUGUCACCCCCGCCACGCCCACACAAGAGAAAGGACCCUGGUUAAUUAGUCAAUUAAUGGCAAUAAUGACAAGUUAACUAACAAUGACAACUCUAAGGAGUUACGAAUAUUCGAGAUUUU